AUGGUAAUUAGUCUCCUCUGUUUGCUUAAUGGAAACUCCCUUUCUUUCAAGGGCUCGUUCAGCAUUUAUCAAGUGGCUUUAAGGGUUCAAGUCGGCGAACAAGAUAGCAACAUGUUAGAAUAUCUAACAGGUUCACAACUGGAUCAAGCAACAAUUGAUCAUCUGCUUAUUCCAUCUCCUACAGAAAAGAAGUGUAUUUAUGAUGUGAAUAUGAUUCUUAAGUUGGUGAAAUCAUUUCUCGUAAUCAAAGGCAACUGUCAUUUACUAUUGAGUCGAUUGAAUAAGGUUGGCCGGUUGAUAGAUUCGUUUCUAGUAGAAGUGGCCUUAGAUUCCCACAUGAAACUGUCAAAGUUCUCAGAAUUGGUAAUGAUACUCCCAGAUUGCGCAAGAGAGUCUCAUGACAGAUCUUACCAAGCCAUGGACAUAUAUUUUGAGGUCCAUAUUGAUUUGUGUGAAGAAGAAAAGAUCAAAGUUUGUUGUGCACUGAAUUAUGAGAAGCUGCCAACAGAAGCCUUGAAGCAUCUCGCUAGAAACCGAAGUUCCUUCAAGAAUUUUGGUGAAACCUUUCAUGGCACAUAA